UUGGCGCGGGAAGUGCUGGCGGGUAAAUUUCCCGCGGGAGUCUCGCGUUUGUGGGGGCUUGGCGGGAGGAUUUCCGUCGGCGUAACGAUGGAAGCGGGUGGCGGUGGCGCCCGCGCGGGUGGCGGUGGCGCCCGCGCGGGCGGCUCGUCGUCGCCUGCGGCCGGAGUUAUACGGCCAAUCAACAAGGGGGACGUGCACAGGAUAUGCUCAGGGCAGGUGAUAUUGGACCUGCCCUCCGCCGUUAAGGAACUCGUCGAGAACAGCCUCGAUGCCGGCUCUACCUCCAUCGACAUCGCCCUCAAUGAGUACGGCCGGGAGUCCUUCAAGGUCGCCGACAAUGGCUGCGGCAUCCCACCCCACAACUUCCAGGGGCUUGCUCUCAAACAUCAUACUACCAAAAUAGCGGAUUUUUCUGAUCUUCAAUCCUUGAGUUCUUUUGGAUUUAGAGGAGAGGCAUUGAGUUCUUUAUGUGCAUUAGGGAACUUAUCUGUGGAAACAAGGACAAGAAAUGAAGAAGUUGGUACUCAUUUGAUAUUUGAUCAUUCUGGCCUAAUAACUUCAGAAACGAAAAUGGCACGCCAAGUUGGCACCACAGUAACUGUUGAAAAGUUGUUCUCUCCUCUGCCUGUGAGGUGUAAGGAAUUCAGUCGCAAUGUCCGACGGGAGUUUGCAAAGCUUAUUUCCUUACUGCAUGCAUAUGCUCUUAUUGCAAAGGGGGUUCGGCUGGUUUGCACUAAUAAAGUAGGGAAAAAUCCCAAGUAUGUCGCUCUCAAGACCCAGGGAAGCACCUCCUUGAGGGAUAACAUAAUAAUGGUAUUUGGCAUGAAAAUGUUUGCAUGCCUUGAACCUUUGGACUUGCACCUAUCAGACAAUAUCCAUAUUGAAGGUUUUCUUUCAAAGCCUGGUUCUGGUAGGGGUCGUACAUUGGGUGAUAGGCAAUUCUUUUAUGUAAAUGGCCGGCCAGUGGAUCUGCCAAAAGCUAGCAAGCUUAUCAAUGAAUUCUAUAAAAGUUUAAAUUCCAAGCAAUAUCCUAUUGCCAUCAUGAAUUUCAUUUUGCCAACUAAGGAAUACGAUAUCAACGUGACUCCUGAUAAAAGAAAGAUUUUCUUUUCUGAUGAAGGUUCAGUGAUGUUGGCUUUGAGAGAAGCAGUGGAGAGGAUUUAUUCCCCAAGCAACUGUAGUUAUUCCAUAAAUACAUUUCAAUUAACUGACGUUCCUGAGACUCAAGGCGCUGAUGAAGAUUCUCUUUCUUUGUCUUAUCCAGUGCGUCGUGAAGAAUCUGAAAACCAAGAUGAUACAUCUCUUCUUGCUAACCAGAUUCUUGUGGAGACUUUAGAUGAUAUAUUGGAUCAAAAGCAUGUUAAGUCUCAGGAUGAGGAGGAAAGAGCUGUAGAUCUAAGUGAAAAAAAUGUUAAUCUGGCCAACUCUUCUCCUGUUUUAUGGAGUCCUAAUCAGGCAGGAGAUGUGGAGGACAAGACAAUGAAGGUUAAAGAUACUCCCUGUCUAAGUACCAAUCUUAAUGAUUAUAAGAUACCUUCUCGUAAGCUGUUGCCUCAUUCAGUAAAUAACAGAAAUUCAUUGCCUGGGCAGAAAAUAAGCCAAUCUAAGCUUACGAAGUUUGUAACAGUUAACAGAAAUGAUCGAGAGGAAAGCUGUACAUUACUCUCUGAAGAACCAAUUUUAAGGAACAGUCUAAUGGCCUGUAACAUGAAGAAGUGUGGUUCCUAUGUGAAACCAUAUGAAACUUUAGCUAGAUCUAGUUUAGUGCGUGCUUCUGCUAGCCAUAGUGAUGAGCUGAAAGAGGAGGAGGAUAUAUGUCAUGGAGCACAUAAAUCGGAGGCCCCAGAGAUCAUUAGAUGUAUGGUUCUUGAUAAAGAAUCCCAACAGGAGCAUCUGACAAGUGAACAAUUCAUGGGUAGUGAUAUAGGGCUACAAGAUUUUCCUAAUAGCUGUGAUGAGAAUAUGGUUGAGAGCACUGCUCAAGCAGCUCAGUUGUUACGAUCAUCUAGUGGUGUAGUUGUGCAAAGUCCAAAAAGGAUUAAGUUGUCUAAUGAGAUGCCAGAUAGGUAUCCAACUUUGCAUUUUGAUUUCAACGAACUUAGAAGCAGAAGGGAGCAGCGAUUGUCAAUAUUAUGUCCCAGUAAUUAUGUAAACAGGAAUGGGACCCUAGGCAGGUGCUAUUCUGCUGCAACAAUUGAGUCAAGUUGCUUGCAUGAAGAUGAAGAAGCUAAAGCAAGGGCUCUGUGGGCGGCAACUAGAGAGUUAGAGAGGUCCUUCAGAAAAGAGAGUUUUGCUAAAAUGAAGGUGAUUGGACAGUUUAAUCUUGGUUUUAUUAUUGGGAGGCUUGAUCAAGACUUAUUUAUCAUCGAUCAGCAUGCAGCUGAUGAGAAAUAUAAUUUUGAGCGGCUCUCAAAGACAACCAUCAUGAAUCAGCAACCUUUACUUCAGCCAUUGAAGCUGGAAUUGUCACCUGAAGAAGAAGUUGUAGUGUCACUAAACAUGGAGAUAUUCCGGAAAAAUGGAUUUAUCCUGAAAGAGGAUGAGAAUGCUCCUCCAGGAUGCCAUUUUCUGUUGACGGCAGUUCCCUUUAGCAAAAACAUAACGUUUGGUGCUGCAGAUGUUAAGGAACUUGUUUCUGCGCUGGCUGAUACCCAGGGGGACUGCUCUAUUUUGAGUACCUACAAAAUGGAUACUCUGGAUUCUAUUUGUCCCUCGAGGGUUCGAAGUAUGUUUGCAUCACGUGCUUGCCGGUCUUCCGUUAUGAUUGGUGACCCACUGAGGAAAAAUGAGAUGCAAAAGAUUGUCCUCCACUUAGCAGAACUAAGGUCUCCAUGGAAUUGUCCACAUGGGAGGCCAACCAUGCGACACUUGGUGGAUUUAACCAAGAUACCCAACAGGUAGGUCCUGGUUGUGAUACGACCAUUAACUCCACCAUGUAAAUGUGCGUGUCUAUUAUUAUGCAUGUAAAUGCUACACAAAUAGAGGUGCUGUUUACCUUUUUCCGUCAGAUAAAAAAGAAAAAGAAAGUCUAGAUGUCCGCUGCGAUUACAUUUUUGGCAAGCUUCUUUUGGGAGCUCUUUUCAUAAUGCUCUUUCUUGAAAAUGAUCUCAAGAAAAAUCUUAUAGUUUCAAUAAACUGGAAAAAUAUGAAGGAUAAUAUAAACUCUAUUCAAUGA